AUGUCAACUAUACCAUCUCGCCUACCUGUGCGCCAGGGAGCUAAGCUAUUCGUUCGAUCGACGAACGCUCAAACGCGCGUGAAUGCGAGGUUCGGCCGUGUCGGGGAUCAGCUCCGUUUCAUGUCCUCGUCCACCGCUACGCAAGGAUCUGUAUCUAGCUUUGGUUCUAAGAAGUUUGCGUACGGUUUGCUCGCGUCUGUUGCUUUCUUCAGCUCCGUGUUGGGUUAUUCUGUUGGUGAAUGGCGUCGAGAGUCUGGAAAUGUUAAAAAGAGAGUUGCGAGUACUUGGCAAGAUGUCACAUAUGGCACUCGUGCCGACGUUGAGUCAGCGAUAAAAGAUCUCCGAGAAGCUCUUCCGCGCAACGGAGCUGUAGAGACAAGUCCAAGUGUAUUGCAAACGUAUGGCUUCUCCGAGAAUAGUUAUCACCCAAGCAUGCCGCAUGCGGUCGUAGUGCGCCCUCAGACUACAGAAGAAGUGAGCGCGAUUGUGAAGAUCGCGAACAAAUAUCGUAUUCCAGUGACGCCAUACGGGGGUGGUACAAGCUUGGAAGGGCAUUUUAGCGGUAAUUCGGCAGGAUCGAUAUGUAUAGAUUUGGAUGGGAUGAACAAAAUCAUCCGCAUUGAUGAGCAAGAUGCAGACCUCAUAUGUCAAGCUGGAGCACGUUGGGAAGAUAUUAACUCGACAUUGACGGACAAAGGGAUUCCACUCUUUUUCCCGUUGGAUCCAGGACCAGGGGCGACUAUCGGAGGUAUGAUAGGGACAGGAUGUUCCGGAACAAAUGCUGUUCGUUAUGGGACGGCAAAGGGCGAAUGGUUUCUAAAUGUUACGGUUGUAUUGCCCAAUGGCGAAAUAAUCAAAACGCGCAGGAGAGCACGCAAAUCCUCCGCUGGCUUCGACUCGACUAAAUUGUUCAUCGGGGCAGAAGGUACACUGGGAAUAGUCACUGAAGCUACCCUGAGACUUGCACCCCUACUUCCAACGAAGGUUGCCCUCGCACAAUUCCCCAAUGUUCAACACGCUGUAGAUGCCGUCCAAGAGAUUCUACGAUCGCCAUACGGGAACAAUAUUCAAUGCGUUGAACUCGUGGAUGAUUAUACAAUUGCGUCAAUAAAUCAAGCCGGAACGGUUGAUCGGACAUAUCCCGUCAAAGACUCUCUCUUCUUCAAAAUUCAAGGAUCUGAUGACUCAAUUAAAGCAACAUCCAAGCUAGUCCAAGCUAUCGUGAAACGUCACAAUGGAUCAAACUUCCAAUUUGCGGCCACAGAUAGCGAAGCGGCAGCACUGUGGGAAGCGCGUAAGUAUGCAUUGAUGUCCGUAUUGGCAUCGGAUGAAGGGAGUAGAGCUUGGACAACAGACGUCUGUGUUCCUGUAUCAAAGCUGCCACAGCUUGUCCAGGAAUCGAAAAAAGACCUCACUGAUAGCGGUCUAAAAGCAGGCAUAGUUGGACAUGUGGGAGAUGGCAAUUUCCAUGCACUAGUUCUUUUCCAUGAUGACGCAGAGCUUCCGAAAGUCGGUGAAUAUGUUCAUCGCCUUGUACACCGGGCGCUAGCACUUGAUGGUACAUGCACUGGUGAGCACGGAGUUGGCGUCGGGAAGAAGGAAUACCUGAAUGAUGAACUUGGUCCUGGGACCGUGGAGCUCAUGAGGCGUGUUAAGGAUGCCAUAGAUCCAAAUCAUAUCAUGAAUCCUGGGAAGCUUUAUCCGGAGAGACAAGAAAACAGGAAAUCUCAGUAA